GAUUUCCAUGAGAAUCCAAACUGAUAUAUGAACAUGUGUAAAAACCUCCUUCACAUAUCAGUCAUGUAACUACCUCAUUCAUCUCCUCCCUUCUUCCCUCUCAAGUCUCAACUAACACUCUCCCCUCAACUCUCUGAAACCCUAUCAUGCUCUUUGGUUCUUCCUCUUUUUUCAUCUCCCUCCAAACCUCAACUUCCACAAAUGCUGACACAACCCACAAACUGCAUCAAACCCACCUCCAACAUCCUCUUCUCUUCCAACUCUAUCCCCAAAACAUUCCCUAAGCUUCAUCCACCCUUAAAUCCCAGAACCCUCUCCUUCAAACUCAACUGCUCACAGUAUCCAAACCCAACUCCAUCUUCUUCUUCUUCUUCCUUUCCAUUCCAACCCCUAAUCUCAGUCUUUAAGAUCAUACCGGACUGGGCGGACGAGAUCAAAGAGCGUGGCUUUAGACAGGACAGGACACUCUAUGACCAUGAGAAAUGGGUUCACCACAGAAGCUCCUACCGCCAUCUCCGCCACUUUCUCACCAGCCUUUCCUCCAGGGUGAUUUUGUCUUUAAUUCCUCCAGUGAUUGCUUUCACCUUGGUGGCAGUAGUGAUUGCAAGCUACAAUACAGCAGUUGCAUUGGAGUGGCUUCCGGAGGUUUUCCCCAUAUUGAGAUCCUCAACUUUACCGUACCAGCUCACAGCGCCGGCUCUGGCGCUGUUGUUGGUGUUCAGGACAGAGGCUUCAUAUUCGAGGUUUGAAGAAGGGAGGAAGGCUUGGACUAAAGUGAUUGCGGGGACUAAUGAUUUUGCCAGGCAGAUAAUUUCCGGGGUUGAAAGUUCCGGGGAUGCAGAGCUAAAGAAGGCACUUUUGCAGUAUGUCGUGGCCUUCCCGGUUGCACUUAAGUGUCAUGUCAUAUAUGGCUCAAAUAUGGGACGCGACCUCCAAAAUUUGCUUGAACUAGAUGAUCUGCUAGUUGUUUUAAGCUCAAAACAUGGACCUGGCUGCAUUAUUGAGUUCAUCUCCCAGACUAUCCGAAUGCUAAAGUUGGAGGAAUCAAGGAGAAAUAUGCUGGAAUCGUAUAUGUCUUGUUUCCAUGAAGGAAUUGGUGUGUGUGAAAAUCUCAUCGGUACUCCCAUUCCUCUCUCUUAUACACGCUUGACUUCAAGGUUUCUAGUCCUCUGGCAUCUCACUCUCCCUAUCAUACUUUGGGAUGAUUGCCACUGGAUUGUGGUUCCUGCUACCUUUAUUAGUGCUGCUUCAUUGUUCUGCAUUGAAGAAGUCGGUGUUCUCAUUGAAGAGCCAUUUCCAAUGCUCGCCCUUGACGAUCUUUGCAAAUCUGUUCAAGAAAACGUACAGGAGGCUCUUACAAGAGAAAAGCUAAUCCAAGCGCGUCUUGCUGCAAAAGGAAGGAUCCGAAAGCAACAGCACUCCCCAAAUGGUCAGCCAAAGUACUAAUUAGAUGAGAAACUUCCACCGGAAUGAUCUUCUCCACAACAUUAUAGACAGCCGCCUAUACUUCCCGGAGUCUACAGAAUAACAAGCAAGUUUAUUGCAGUUUCUGCCGUGUAGAGGAUGCGUCAUCUAGAGGAUGUAUCACUAUCGAGCGGCAGUAUAAAAUUGUAAAUAUAUAAAUUAGACUAUCAUCAAGGAAUACUUUAGUCUUGCCUUGUCUGUUUAAACAGAGGUAUACAUUCCAUCAAUGUAUAUGUUCAUUCCCCAUCUUGCCCUGCAUUGACCUUUUGUUUUCAAGUAGAUGAAUCAAAAAGCCAU